AUGCAAAUCGUUAAAAGCUCCGCGUUGCUCCCAGGCAUGUCGCAUCCAGGAGUGUUACAACCAGGGUUUCAUCCAGCGUUACAACCAGCGUUACAACCAGGUUUACAACCAGGGUUACAACCAGCUUCGCAACCAGCCUUGUUCGACGCGCGCAGACUAGCAACGGCAGUGCCAGAGGACAUAGUGUUCUGUAUAGACACCGACAUAGAGGCGGCGCGCGAUUUAAAGCCGUCCAGCAGCGCAGCCGCCGCUACAGCCGCUCCAGCCAGCGAAGGGGCUCUGCUGCUGUUCACGCACUCGAAACUUGCCAUGAACCCCUCGCACAGGUUCGCCCUGGCCGCACUCAAGGGCAACACAUCAGCAGCAGCAGGAGCGCCGGCAUUGUCCACCACACAGGGGGCUGCCUCCGCUGCUUCCUCCUCACGGCAACCACAGUUCUCCUGGGUGGUCGAGCAUUUCACCAACGACAUGAACUCUCUCCUAGCCGGCGUCCAAUCACUGCACGCCACCGCUCGGUUGAUCGUGGCCGUUCAUUGCGCCUGGUUCUCUUCUACUGCCGCUCCUCGUGCAUCCCCGGUCCACCUCCCAACCGCGCCCCUCGCCCUGCCGUCCCUUUUACUGCCGACUGUAUCUACUGGCAUGACCGUCCCAACAAUUUCAACUGCCCGCAGGAAGUUUUUGAUGGGCUGA